GGAACAAAAGGAGGAGAGAAUGAGCGAAGGUCGCAGAGGCGAUCACGGAUGAGAGAGAGAGAGAGAGAGAGAGGGGAUGAAAGCUGAGAGAGCGAAAGACUGGGAGACGUUAGAGAAACCGAUUAGAAAAUGGUGGGGAAAGCUCUCUUCUUUCUCUUCUUCCUCGUCGUCCUCAUUUCCUUCUUUGUAUUCACUGGAAAUCUCGAUCUCAGAACACACUUCUCUUUUUCCCAAUUGCCUCAACAACAGCAACAGCUCUCCCUCUGUCGUACUCGUUCACCUCUCCGAGUCUUCAUGUACGAUCUCCCAUCUCGAUUCAAUGUCGGAAUGCUCGACCGCCUGAGUUCUAAUGAGAUUCCUGUCAAUGCUCGGAAUUUGCCUCAAUGGCCUUCCAAUUCUGGCCUUAAGAGGCAGCACAGUGUGGAGUACUGGAUGAUGGCGUCGCUUCUCUAUGAGGGAGAAGGAGAUGCAGAGGACACGAGAGAGGCGAUUAGGGUUUUGGAUCCUGAGAAUGCGGAUGUCUUCUUCGUUCCCUUCUUCUCGUCUAUGAGUUUCAAUACGCACGGAAUUAACAUGACGGAUCCUGAUACCGAGAUCGAUCGCCAAUUGCAGAUUGACCUGCUGGAGUUUCUAAGGAAAUCCAAGCACUGGCAGAGGUCUGGAGGCCGUGAUCAUGUAAUUCCCAUGCAGCAUCCGAAUGCUUUCAGAUUUCUACGGGAUCAGGUGAAUGCAUCUAUUUUUAUUAUUGCAGAUUUUGGACGCUACCCAAAAAGCAUGUCUUAUCUAAGGAAAGAUGUGGUCGCACCAUAUGGUCAUGUUGUGGAUUCCUUUGUAGAUGAUGAUCCUCCUGACCCAUUUGAAUCUCGCACAACACUUCUCUUCUUCCGUGGAAGGACAGUCAGAAAAGCUGAAGGAAUCAUUCGUGCUAAACUGGCCAAGAUAUUACUUGGUUAUGAUGAUGUCCACUAUGAACGAAGCUUUGCAACAGGAGAAAGCAUAAAAAUGUCAUCUCAAGGAAUGCGCUUAUCAAAAUUUUGUUUGAAUCCUGUGGGAGAUACCCCUUCAUCAUGCCGCCUCUUUGAUGCUAUCGUCAGCCAUUGUGUUCCUGUCAUUGUGAGUGACCGGAUUGAGCUCCCCUAUGAAGAUGAGCUCGACUACAAUGAGUUCUCAAUCUUUUUCUCUUUCCAAGAGGCACUAAAACCCGGUUACAUGGUUCAGCAGCUUCGCCAAAUCCCAAAAGAGAGAUGGAUGAAAAUGUGGGAGAGGCUGAAGAACAUCUCUUAUCACUAUGAGUUCCAGUACCCCCCAAAGAAGGAAGAUGCUGUCAAUAUGUUAUGGAGACAGGUCAGUCGCAAACUUCCAGGGUUAAAGCUUGCACAGCACAGAAGCAGGAGAUUAAAAAUCCCGGAUUGGUGGGGUAGAAGAUGAUCAUGGGCCUGAUUUUGUGACAUGUACAUUCAUAAUUCUUCAAAUUAACAGCCCUUUGAAUGGGGAAUAACCACACGGAGAGAUCACCAAGCCUCGCAAUCAAAUAUGCAAAAUUCUUGUUAUCUUCAAUUCAUUGUUGAAAGUAUUAUUUGCUUUGAAAAGAAUCAGUUGUGGAAAGUUUGGUCCUUUAUUUAGUGAUGCACAUUUACUUAGCAUCCAAAUUUUGUGGACAUUUUAUUCAUAUUAAAAUCUAAUAUUGGUCUCAUGGGCUGAUUUUCAGACUAA